ACCAAAGAAACGGGAAAGAGAUGGAUCCUCCUAAUCUCCCUCUCUUGCUUCUUCUCACCUUGGCUUCCACCAUUAACGCCCAAUUUUUCCCAGCUCCUUACUGUGGUUCGACUGGCAACUUCACCGCCGACAGCACCUACCAAACCACCCUCACCGCCCUCCUCUCCUCCAUCUCCACCACCAACUCCUUGUCCCUCAAGUACGGCUUCUUCAAUGCCUCCGCCACCGUCUCCGGUGCCUCCCAGACCCUCUACGUCAUCGGCUCCUGCCGCGGCGACCUCACUGCCGAGAGCUGUCGCGCCUGUCUCAACGCCUCGGCCUCUGACAUUCGUGACCUCUGCCCCCUCCAGAAGGAGGCGGUCCUCUACAGCGAGAACUGCACCGUCUGGUACUCUAAUGCCUCGAUCUUCGGCACGGUCACAACCGACCCUGUCUACCAGCUGGCCAACGUUAACAACGUCGCGAGCCCAGACACGUACAACGCAGCACUGAGGACGCUGCUGGGUAGUCUGCAGGGCGAGGCGGCAGGCGGUGGCUCGCUGAGGAAGUAUGCGACGGGGAAUGCGUCAGCGGAUUACAACAAGAUCUAUGCGAUGGUACAGUGCACGCCGGACUUGACGGAGCAGCAAUGCAGCGACUGCCUGGUGACAGUCGUCGGGAUAUUUGGGCAGUGCUGUGUCGGGAAGUUGGGGGUGAAUAUCAUGGCACCGAGUUGCCGAUUCCGGUACGAGACCAAUGCUCGGUUCUAUGACCUGGUCGGUGAGCCACUUCCCCCGCCACCCGCACCACCACCUCCACCACUGGAAAGUGGAAAGAGCAAUUCAACUAAGGCUGUGAUCAUUGCAGUCGCCACAAGUGUUUCUGUGGUACUCGUUAUCGGCAUUGCCAUACUUCUGGUAGUGCAAAGGAAGAAGAAGCAGCCCAGACAAAGAAUUGAAGAAGUGGAUGAAAUUAGCACGGCGGAGUCGCUGCAAUUUGAUUUUGGGACUAUCAGGGCUGCAACUGAUAACUUCUCCGAUUCCAAGAAGCUUGGACAAGGUGGCUUUGGCGUUGUAUACAUGGGUCAGCUCUCCAAUGGACAGGAAAUCGCGGUGAAACGGCUAUCGCAGAAUUCAGGCCAAGGAGAAGUAGAAUUCAAGAACGAGGUCAUGUUACUAGCUAGGCUACAACAUAGGAACUUGGUCAGGCUCUUGGGUUUCUGUCUGGAAGGAGUCGAGCGGCUUCUCAUUUAUGAGUUUGUGCCCAAUUCAAGCCUUGAUCAAUUCAUUUUUGAUCCCCUGAAACGUGCGAAUCUUGAUUGGGAUAGGCGUCACAAGAUAAUAAUGGGUGUUGCACGAGGGCUACUUUAUCUACAUGAAGACUCUCGACUUCGUAUCAUCCAUCGGGACCUCAAAGCUAGCAACAUUUUGCUGGACUCAAACAUGAAUCCAAAGAUAUCGGAUUUCGGUAUGGCGAGACUAUUCGAGUUGGACCAAACUCAGGCAGAAACAAAUCGAAUAGUGGGGACCUACGGAUAUAUGGCACCGGAAUAUGCUAUGCACGGAAACUUCUCUGUCAAAUCCGAUGUCUUUAGUUUCGGAGUACUGAUUUUGGAGAUUGUGAGUGGUCAGAAGAACAAUCUUUUCCGCUUGGGUGAUAGUACAGAGGUCCUCACAAGCUAUGUUUGGAAGUGUUGGAGGGAAGGAACAAUAACAAACAUUAUCGAUCCCUCUGUGACUGCUGGUUCUAGUACUGAAAUCGCAAGGUGCAUCCACAUUGGACUGCUAUGUGUCCAAGAAAACGUGGCUGACCGGCCAACGAUGGCCUCGGUCCUUUUGAUGCUUAAUAGCCACUCGGUCACUCUCCAAGUGCCGUUGCAUCCCGCAUUCUUCAUACACAGGGGUGCUGAAUCGGAUGUGUCAUCUACGCAGGAUUAUAGUUCAAGGGUAUCUGAGGUCGAAUCGAAUCACCUCUUGAAAAAUUAGGCCUCUGUGACCGAUCCAUAUCCACCGUAGCCCUGACAAACAGGAGAUCGGUGUGCAUUGUGCACUAAAUUUCAUGUUUAUCAUGGUUUUUAGACCAUAAAAAUGACAUUCUCAUGAUUUAAUCCUUCCUCUAGAUUAUUGAGGAGUUAUAUGGCUUCAUUGGCUUGGGAUUGAAUCCAGAAUCAUUGAAUGUCGGAAGUGAAGGAUACUCUUGAAAGGUCAUGCCUUACCCUAUUUGGUCUGAUUUAAGACAUGAGGAUUCAAGCCACAAGUCCAGGCGCUACUGUAAUUCUGCUGCCCCACUGCAGUUAGACCUUCAUCAAAUUUUUUAAUUGUACGCUGUGU